GGGAUUGUCUAUGGUAAGGUGUAACGUUUGCUCGCUCGGUGCCGUCGUUACAUGUGUGAGGAAGAGGGAAGGGGGGAGGCUGAUAACUGGGCUUUAACUGCUAAUUCGGCACCCGAAAGCGCUGCGCUCCGAUGGGGUCGACGCGGAUGAAAUGACGGUGUCUAGCGUUUACUCCCGACGAUGACAACGCUCUCCUUUACCUGAAGUACGAACCCAGUGGGUAGAAGACAUACCUUCAUGCCCACCCUUCCUUUAACCCAAUCCAGUCCCUGUAACCCGACUACUCUCCCCUCCUACUUCAUCCUGCAACUGUUAUCCCCUCCGAAACCACACCUGGCUGCUCCGCCCAAACGCACCCAGGGCAAGGAUUUUCAACAGCACACAAUAAGAGCCAAUCAGGACCCCUGAAGCCAUUCAGGAAAUAACAGAACUCACGAUCUACCAGAUCACUAAGGAAAAAUAAGGAAAAUCUGUGGAUAUUUAAUUCACAAAAAGGAAAACAACUGAAAAUUUCAGAUAAACUGGCAGUACGUCUCUACCUUUGAAGAAGAGCACAGCAAUUAGGAUUUUCCACAAAGGUGGAGAAGAAAGCAGGAAAGAUUAAAUAGGGACUGGAAACAGAAAGAAAGCCAAUAGCUAGGAAAAGAAAGAGAAAAUCAAACCAUUUAUACAUCACAGCUGUAUGCACGCAGCUUAUGCACACACCAAUCACCAAAACUCGGAGCACACACAUAAUAUAUACAUCAAACAUCCACAGCACACAUAUUAUACAUUAGUACCACACACAUUACAGACUAUCAUCACAUGCUGUCGGACUUGACAUACGAAGCAAAUGCUCAUGUAAACAUCCGCAUAUGAAUGACAUGCUGUUUAUCUGUUUGCUAUAGGCUCUUGUACACACAAAAACCAUCAGAUCUGACAAAAAAGCUGUAUUAGAAACUCGUAGAAACCACACAUAUACAAAGUCACCAAAAACAUCAGAUAACAACCUGUACACACACUCCACGGCCUCAAGAUGAUGUGUGAGGUGAUGCCCACCAUCUCAGAGGAUGGACGGGGAGGUGGAGGAGGAGGCCCGUCCUCUCCUGCUGGAGGAGGUGGUGGUAUGGGAGGCGGUGCAGGGGGCAUGGGUGGUGGGUACGGGGGCCGAGAGGCUCGUGGUGGAGAUGAGGGAGGGAGCACUGGAAAUCUGGAGUCUCUGAUGGUAAACAUGCUGACGGAGAGAGAGAGGCUGCUGGAGAGUCUCAGAGAGACCCAGGAUAGUCUCGGCACGGCUCAGCUACGUCUGCGAGAGCUGGGUCACGAGAAGGACUCGCUACAGAGACAACUGUCCAUCGCACUGCCACAGGAGUUUGCGGUGCUGACCAAAGAGCUGAAUGUAUGUCGAGAGCAGCUGCUGGAGAGAGAGGAAGAGAUCGCUGAGCUCAAGGCAGAGAGAAACAACACACGGCUCCUGCUGGAGCAUCUGGAGUGUCUGGUAUCUCGUCACGAGCGUUCUCUGAGGAUGACUGUGGUGAAGAGACAAGCUCAGUCUCCUGCUGGAGUCUCCAGUGAGGUUGAGGUGCUCAAAGCCCUCAAGUCUCUGUUUGAACAUCACAAAGCCCUGGAUGAAAAGGUGCGUGAAAGAUUGCGUGUGGCUUUAGAAAGAGUCGCUGUUCUAGAGGAAGAGCUGGAGGCAUCUACAAAUGAGGUUCUGUCUUUGCGGGAUCAAAUUAAAAGGAGAGAACGGGGUUUGGACAAUGGAAAGGAACGGCUCCCCAACGGUCCCUCCUCCAUCUUGGAUGAUGGAGAGAUCGACAGGCAGAGAGAGGGAGAGAUAGAGAGACAAAGAGCAGAACUUUCUCAGUUAAAGGAGAGACUGGCUCUUAUGUGCAGACAGGUUGGUGAGAUCGAGGAACAGCUCACAACUGCCAGAAGGGAAUUGGCUAAAUCUGAAGAAGCCAAUCAGAAGCUUCAAAGGGACGUGAAAGAGGCGCUGUGUCAAAGAGAGGACAUGGAAGAGCGGAUCACCACCUUAGAACGCAGGUACCUCAGUGCCCAGAGGGAGGCAACCUCUCUCCAUGACAUCAAAGACAAGCUGGAGAAUGAGCUUGCCAGCAAAGAAUCUUUAUACAGACAGAGUGAAGAGAAGAACCGGCAGCUCCAGGAGCGUCUGGAUGAUGCAAAGCAAAAGCUACAGCAGACCCUCCAGAGGGCCGAGACGCUGCCUGAGAUCGAGGCCCAGCUUGCCCAAAGGGUGGCGGCACUCAACAAGGCGGAGGAACGUCAUGGCAACUUUGAGGAGCGACUGCGGCAGUUGGAGGCACAACUGGAGGAGAAGAAUCAGGAGUUACAGAGGGCGAGGCAGAGGGAGAGGAUGAAUGACGAACACAAUAAGCGUCUCUCUGACACGGUGGACAAGCUUCUGUCAGAGUCCAAUGAAAGACUUCAGCUGCACCUGAAGGAGAGAAUGGCUGCCCUGGAGGAGAAGAAUGCCCUAUCUGAGGAGCUUGCAAAUAUGAAGAAGAUCCAAGAUGAUCUCUUAGCAAACAAGGAUCAACUCAUUGCUGAGCUGGAGCGGCUUCAACUAGAGCUGGAUCAAUUGAGAGGAAGACCUGGUUCUUCAUACUCACGGUCUCUACCAGGAAGUGCUCUGGAGCUGAGAUACUCCCAAGGAGGAGGGUCACUCCCUGCUGGCUCCUCCACCCACCUAGAUCACUAUGGAAACACAGGCACAGGGAGUGUGGUUAGACGGGCUCAUCGUGGACGCUGGGGUGGAGCCAGGGAGGAUGCUGGCAAAUAUGGUGACUGGGAUAGUGGUGCUUUGCUGGGCACUGGCUUUGAGGGUGGUGUGGAGGACAGGUGUUCCGAUGAUGAAGAGGACCGUGAGACGCUCUUCGGCUCAGAGCUGCUCUCACCAAGCGGACAGACAGAUGUGCAGACUCUCGCCAUCAUGUUGCAGGAACAGCUGGAGGCCAUCAACAAAGAGAUUAAGCUAAUUCAGGAAGAGAAAGAAAGCACAGAGCUUCGUGCCGAAGAGAUUGAGAGUCGGGUCAGCAGCGUGGCUCUGGAUGGCCCGCCAAUCCCCCCAACCUCUCUUGGGCGAGACAGCACAGGGCGUGGAUUCAUCCCCCCCUCCCUCACAUCCUCCACUCUGGCAUCACCGUCUCCACCCAGUUCUGGGCACUCCACUCCCCGCCUACCCCACUCCCCAGCACGCGAGACAGACAGACAGAACAACAAAGACGACGAUAGGUCCCUGGCCCUUCUGGACUCCACCCCUCCGCCAACUCCUCGCGCACUGCGACUGGACAGGAUGACGCACACUCAUCCUGGCGCAAUGUUGGAUGACAGUCGUGAGUUUCGCAGCCUUUCAGCUGAUGGCAGCAGCUCGAACAGUAGUCAGGACUCCCUCCACAAGGCCAGCAAAAAGAAAAGCAUCAAGUCUUCCAUCGGCCGACUCUUUGGGAAGAAGGAAAAGGUCAGGAUGGGUCAACCUGGACGCGAGUCCACCUCUCUGGCCUCCACCCCCUCAGACGAUCUGGGCUCUGUGGAUCCUCUCGGGCUCACCAAGAUGGCCGGUCCGGUGGAUAAGGACCGUCGCAGCAAGAAAAAGCACGAACUUUUGGAGGAGGCUUGUCGACAGGGUCUCCCCUUUGCAUCCUGGGAUGGACCCACUGUUGUCUCCUGGCUGGAACUCUGGGUGGGCAUGCCUGCAUGGUAUGUGGCAGCUUGUCGUGCCAAUGUCAAAAGUGGAGCUAUCAUGGCCAACCUGUCAGAUACAGAAAUCCAGAGAGAAAUUGGAAUCAGUAACCCACUCCACCGCCUCAAACUGAGAUUGGCCAUUCAGGAGAUGGUAUCCCUGACCAGCCCCUCCGCCCCGGCCAGCACACGCUCCUCGACCAGUAACGUGUGGAUGACCCACGCUGAGAUGGAGUCCCUGACCGCAGCAACCAAACCAGAGCUGAAAGAGAUUAGCUGGGAUCAGAUCCUGGCCUAUGGAGAUAUGAACCAUGAGUGGGUGGGCAACGAUUGGCUGCCCAGUCUGGGUUUGCCCCAGUACAGAAGUUACUUCAUGGAGUCACUGGUGGAUGCGCGGAUGUUGGACCAUUUGACCAAGAAAGAGCUACGUGGGCAGCUCAAGAUGGUGGACAGUUUCCACAGGGUGAGCCUGCAUUAUGGCAUCAUGUGCCUGAAGCGCCUCAAUUAUGACCGCAAGGAGCUGGAGAGGAGGAGAGAUGAGAGCCAGCACCAGAAUAAAGAUGUGAUGGUGUGGUCAAAUGAGCGCGUGAUGUGCUGGGUUCAGUCUAUUGGUUUGAAGGAGUACGCAGAUAAUCUGACCGAGAGCGGUGUGCACGGAGCUCUGCUCGCUCUGGACGACACCUUUGACUAUACUGACCUCGCCCUGCUUCUGCAAAUACCCAAUCAAAACACACAGGCUCGACAACUUCUGGAGAAGGAAUAUAACUCUCUUAUCGCCAUGGGAACAGAGAGGAGGCCAGACGAGGAUGGCACUAAAACAUUCACCCGCUCUCCUUCAUGGAGGAAGAUGUUUCGGGAGAAGGAUCUGAGAGGGGUGACCUCUGACUCAUCAGAGACUCUGCCUGCUAACUUCCGUGCCUCAGCCAUCUCUACCCCUUCAGUUACCCUGAGAAAGGUCCAGAGUGAUGCAUCUCCAAGGGCAGAGUCUGGUUCAGUGAGGACCUACUCCUGUUGAGAGACUGCAAAGGAGGCGCCGUUGUCAGAGAGCUGGAUUCGGCUUUACAUUUCAUUCACGGGGAGGAGGGGGGAAUAAGCAGAAAAAAGCAAUGAAUAUAUACAUUUAUAAAUAUAACUACUGGUCUGACUGUUCUGCAAUAACAGAAGAGGAAAAGCGUGAAAAAAGAACAAAAAAAGAACCCACGGACAAAAGACCCAGAGAGAGUGGUAAGAAAUGGAAAGGAAUCGGAUGACUGUUUAAUCUUUUUUUCUGUCAUACUCUCUUCUCUCUUCCUGUGUCUGUGCUGAUGGAACAUCUGUAGAUGGACUCUCUUUUUGUCUUUGCGUCCUUUGUUUAUAUGGAGCUGCCUACGGAUUUAGUUCCUCAGAAUUGGUUUUACUGGUCUCACUGACUGCCUCUGAAGUGAUCAUCUUGAGUGGGUCUUUCAAUUGUAAAGGAAAUUUGUGGCAGUGUCGCAAUUCGCACUCAACUCGGACUUCAGUGAUGUUUACAUGGGCGAAAGCAAUGUCAGAAUGUUAAGAGGAAGUGUGCUCAAGAGCACAGUUGAAGGGCCGGGCAGCGUGCAAGUGCACACCAGUGAGUUUGUUCAGUGUAUUUUUCUCAAUCAAAAGGGCGAGCACAAGAGAAAAGAUAGUUCCUGAGAAAGGCUACUCAAAAGACAUGAUCAGAGCAACAGGGCACAAUUCUUGCUAGGUCUUGUUUUAUUUUCGGAAAUUUAGACAAAAAUGUCCGGCAGCAAAGAAAGCCUGAUAGGUACUAAAAGAUAAAGAGAGAGGGGAGAUGCUUGCGGACAAAGCAAGUGACCAGCAGAAAGGAGCGCGGAAGUGUCCCGAUGGACAGAAUCAUUCUAACAACGCAAGCCAUAAAAGAAAACAAUUGGUGUACCGAGGAGGAAAAACGGGGUGGGAGGGUCAGGGUUAAAACUUGGGAGAGAAAUCGUUUAGCUUCUGUGUUGCGAUGCAUGUCAAACAACCAAGAUGACAACGAACUAAAACUUUUGGGAAAUAAGACGAUAUGAAUUUAUGAAAAAUAAAAAUUAUGUGUAUAUUAACAUAUGAGGUUAAGAGCUUGGGGAACAAUUUGUAAAAUGUGUGUAUUUUCAUUUUUAUUUUUUAUUUUUAUGAUAACUAUAUUUAUUUUCUUUAUGUAUGUAUUGAAUAACUGUAUGUACAUGUUCAUUUAAUAAUUCUGACUGUAAUUUAAUUUGAUCUAGUUUAAGGCGUAAAUAUGAAAUAUUAAAAACAUGGUCAUUAAAAUAUGCUACUUGUAUGUGUAAAUUUUGACAACAAAAUUGUGUUAUGAUUUAAAACAAACCAUUACUGUUGAUGAGGAUGACAGUGACACAAAAUGAAAAUGAUGUCUGCAAAAUAAACAAUAAUGAUAAUGAUGAUAACCAUGAAAAUAAAAUAAAGUGUUCCUAAUGGU